AUGCUGGGUUGUGAGAAGACUGACUUCAGAUUUUCCGUUUGCGACGCGCGUAACGCCAGCCUCACGCCGUACCGUCUGUCGAGUCCUGGAAACCCUGUCAGUGUGAAUGGAAGCUUCGCGACGUACUGCUUUACCAUCACUGCGGAUGCCUUGGUGCAAGGCUCUAGCAGCUCAUGCGCCAAGAUGCAGAUUAACAAGAUUGACUUCAUAAUUAACACGGCUUGUGUUGCCGAAGUCCCCAAGGCCAUCCGUAACGCCAUCGUUAACGGAACCGUUGUGUCUUCAUUCCGUUUCGAGACGAAGACCUUCGACGGCAACCCGUACGGCAUGCUCGCCGUCAGCGGCCUCAAGGACUUCACCGCCGGUUUGCUUGCCGGCAACCCGCUUCAGCUCUGCCUGGUGAUGCGGAGGUCUAGCAUCUGCGGCACCCCGCAAACUCUGUGCUACGCACCCGUCGUAACGUACUGCUUCAUGGUUUCCCCAACCGGUGAUGUGGAUGAGGGGAGCAAAUGCGCGGGGAUGGCCAUCAACAAGGUCGAGUUUCUCAUCAUGCCGUGUGGGAUGGUACGGCACUAUGGACAGCAGUUCCUUCUAGUCGGUCAGCUGCGGGGGAAGUCCUUUGGCUUGCUGACUGACUGGCUUGCGGCCUGGCUGGCUAGGAUUGACGCUUUACGUUAUUUUGCGUGUUAUGGAACAUCACUGGACUUCUUGAGGCCUCAUAUCUUGAGGCCUCAGAAAUCAGUCGUUGAGGCGGAGGAGGAGGUGGUGAUUGAUGCGAAGAAGAAGAAGAUGUAUACUGUGGGAAGGUUUAUGAUAUGCUGUUUUUUCCUCGAUUGGUCCAUGGGUGCUUCUGUGGAGGAGGAUUAG